AUGGCUCUUAGAAUUCUAGUUGAUGAAGGUAUCUCUGUCGAUGUUGGAUCAAAUCAGCCACUAUAUCCGAUAAUAUCUGUUAAUAACCGAUACGAUGAACUAAAAAAAAAACAACAUUUACUGCAGGAAGUGCAGUUUGAAGAUUUUGUUUCUUUUAUCCAAAACUUUUUGAAAGAAACGAAAGGCGGUAAUGGUAUGUUUAAGGGGACACCUGUCGACGACAGUAGGAAGUUCAGACUGGACUUAGUUAGUAUGCCGAGGGGAUUCAAAGCCAUUGUACUGUUAUCUUUAGAGUUGGAACUCCUGACAAUCUGGCAACUGGCUGAUUAUAUUAAAGAAAUGAGUAGAGUUUUCAAAAUGGCGCGUGGAUAUCCUCGGGUUUGCACUGAGCUUUGCCACAAAAUAUUCAGGUUACAUCUUGAACGCUGUGAAGAGAUAGACGCUUUGCGAAGAAAGUAUGGUUCUGAACAAGAACAACUCCAAGGUGACAAAGAAAAAUUUGCAGUCAUUGAUGGGAAAGCUAAAGUUUGCAAUUAUCUUUGUUUUUAA